AUGGACAGAAAACCAAAGCCAGAUAGAAAACCAGAGCCAGAUAGAAAACCAGAGGCAGAUAGAAAACCAGAGCCAGAUAGAAAACCAGAGGCAGAUAGAAAACCAGAGGCAGAUAGAAAACCAGAGCCAGAUAGAAAACCAGAGCCAGAUACAAAACCCAAGAUCCUCACCGCUGGCGGCAUGGAGACACAGAUGGCACUCUCUUCUGCUGGAUUUAAGUGGCUGGGAUAUGAGAGUGUUGAAGGCCAGAGAGAACGCGUUCGCUCUACAUCUCGUGGGCGAUUUCGGCCAUGUUCGAGCCCCAGGGGCUAG